CAAGAUUUGGGUCCACUUGAAAACAGGACGUACAGCUGAGCCAUCGUCCAUAGACGGACCACGGACCAACGGACGAAGUGGAAAGGAAUGUUGACAAGUUCAGGUGACGUCACAAUAGACUUGCCAAACACGGGGAGUGUAAAACCCCGUCUAUCUUUGCACAUGUGGUAGUGCACGAGAAAUAGUAAGGUUUAUCUUGCGUGUGGAUUGACUCGAGGUCAGAUAGUUGACGUGCACGUACGCUGGCACUGGCAGGCUGAUAUGACAAUUGUGAUGUAUUACAAUAGAGCAUGAAUAGACCAAUAGACAGUGGUAUAAUGCAUGCUACACACAACUGCACGUACGUGGAAUAGUACAAUAUUUGACUGCAAUAUUUGACUGCAUUGUUAUAUUCUGGCUCCCGUGUGAAUAUCGCUCCAACUUUUGUUGUAUAGCUGCUGCUUUUGGUUUGUGAUUCUCGACUCUUCCGGGAUGUCGCUGGUGGCUGUGUCGAAAGAUCCGGCUGAAACUGAAAGUGCCUCAUGUUGAUUGCGAGCGUGCACUAUUGUAACCCACCACCAAGUUAUACCAGUUGAAAAGCUUGAACUUCAGAUCAACAAUUCCUCCGCUACCUUCCCUGACAGACCAUGAGAGAUAAACUCGAUACUCCCACAGCGUACUGAACGUUAUACCCGGAGCUAUUAACACACUACAUGUAGAAGUGCAAUUAGUACACAAUAACUGGUGUUGACACAGCAACACGAGAACCUAUACCGGGAAUUGUGGAUAAUAUUAACUCCCCUUGCAUCAGCCAUGGGAACUUGGGUGUAUUCUCCGGUUGUGGUGUUCGUGUUGGCGGUGGUAGUACAUCACUGUGCCACUGCAUGCAAUGUGGACGAUAACCCGGAUAAGAUCGUCACUUUCACCAACAAUGAGCCGGGCAGUUAUUUUGGAUAUACCGUGCUGCAACACAGAAAUAUCUUUCAAACAUGGGCUUUGAUAGGAGCACCACGCGGCCAAAGCAGAAGUCAGCCGUCCUUACAGCGGCCUGGCGCCCUCUAUAAAUGCCUGACGGUGCUGCCUUAUAGUUGCGAAGAGGUGAUACUGGACGAGUUCGAUGGAAACGUGGACUCGCCUGCAGAUAAGAUCCUUGAGGUUAAGGACAACCAAUGGCUUGGCGUGUCUCUUACCAGACAGCCCACUGACGACCGAUAUGCCUUGGUUACGGUCUGUGGCCACUUGUCAGCGAACGAUCACUAUUACCAGCGGCCCGUAUCCCCUGAUGCCACCGCUGAAGAAAUCGACAGAUAUGUCAACGGGAUCUGCUACACUAUCGACGCAGAACUCGAUGUUGGAUCAGUCGUCAAGAUGCGCCCCUGUCAUGAUGAGUUUCAGGUGGUGAAUGGCACUUAUCACUACCAGAGCCACUGUCAGGCGGGUAUUAGCGCCACCUACAACAAGAAUGGUCGCAGGCUCAUUCUGGGAGCUGUGGGAUCCUACGAAUGGAAUGGUACAACGAUUGAUGGAAGAAAGGAGGGGAAUGGCUUCACGUAUACCUACGGCCAGCUGAGCGACUGGGGGUCGGGAGCUAAGAGAGACACCGAAUAUCUAGGAUAUUCAGUAUCGACUGGCAACUUCCUAUCCAUCGCCUCCGAGCAGGGCGUCACGGGGGCGCCCAGGUCGAAAGAAAUCGGGAAGGUCGUCAUUUACGACUUGGAAACCUUUCAAGUGUACAGAGAGUUCCUGGGCGAAAUGAUGGCCACAUACUACGGUAGCUCCGUGCUGGGUGUUGACCUCAACAGUGACGGGUUAUCUGAUCUACUCGUGGGGGCGCCCUUGUACUCUGACGCCAUGGACGAGGGCCGAGUCUACGUGUACAUGAACAAGGGAGAGGCUAAGAUGGAGCCUGCUGACUUCAAAUUGGAAGGUUCUAACGCUGUCGGUGGUCGGUUUGGCACAACCAUGGCUUAUAUCAAGGAUGUUAAUCUGGACGGAUUCAAUGAUGUGGCCAUUGCAGCACCAUAUGAGGAUGACAAUACUGGUGCAGUGUAUAUCUACAGAGGAAGCAGGAACGGCAUACGAAGAAUGUACUCGCAGCGCCUAGCUGCCAGAGAUCUCCUCCCGGGUGUCCUGAGUUUUGGCUCUUCCAUUGCCGGAGGAUUGGAUAUUGACUACAAUUAUUACCCUGAUCUACUGGUCGGUUCUUACGCCAGUGACAAGGUCUUUAUGUUCAAAACCCUACCUGUUGUGAAGCUGCGCGUGUGGAUUGAGGUGGCGCCCGAGACCCUUGACCCUGACUUUAAUAAUUGCGAGUUAGGGGGCCGCAAGAUCACGUGUUUGACCGUCAGCGCGUGUUUCGACUACACGGAUGAGUUCGGUCUGCCUGACAAGAUCCUAUUCGACUACAAUCUUGAAGCGGACGUGAUCAAGACAGACCUGUCGGCCAAGCCCAGGUUCUUCUUCCAGGAUGAGUCAGGGUCUCCGACCAAUUCUGUGCCAGAUACUGUGGAACUGACUAAAUCUAGGCCCCAGUGCUUUCCGCGAUUCGUUUAUUUAAAGAGCGAGGCUCGUGAUUUUCUGACCCCGCUGCGGUUCUUACUCAACUACAACAUCUUCGCUUACCCGGACGAGCCUCCGAGGCGUGGUGAUGAGGUGGACUCGCCGUUUCCCGGUGGCCUGGCCCCCGUGCUGGAUGACUCGGCUUGCUCCAACGGAACUGCUGAGAAAACGGUGCUGUUCAUCCGAGAUUGUGGUGAUGAUUCCAUCUGUCAGACUGAUCUUAAGGUCAUCACAGACCUCAUUGUAUCAAGUGGCAACCCUUUUAUUACUUUUGGAGGCGAUGGAGUGGUGUACCUCCUGAUACAGGUUCAAAACCUGGGGGAGGAAGCUCACCAAUCAGAACUGCUUAUUCGCCAUUCACGGGAUGUGGUGUUCGAGUCACUAGAGUCAACUACGGUGGAAUGCAUAAUGGAGCGGUCGGGGUCUGGUACCUGCAGUCCAGACAACGUUGUAACGUGCGAACCUAGGGAAGCUAUGAAUGACACAGCCGAGGUCUUCUGUUCCCUUGGUAACCCAAUGAGAUCUCGUACAAUUAAUAUCCUGCGAAUGCGGUUUGACGUUGGUGGCAUGGCUUACGGCCGACGAAUCGUUGAGUUCAUAGCCAAAGCAACAACCCGGAGUAUCGAGCAGAAUAGCACACUGAAUGACAACACAGCCAUAGCCAGCCUGCCAGUCAUAGUUGUGGCUGAUUUAGGAGUGCGAGGUGUGAUGCAACCAGAGCAGCUUUUCUACUUCCCCGACAACGAGACCAUUGACGGCGAGGCCGUGGGCAAGGACGACCUCUUGCGGACAGCUUUAGAAAGGGCGGGAAUACUGAACGGCGAGGGUAGUGGAUCUACAGACAGAGAGGCUAUUGGCCCGACCUUCACACACGUUUAUGAGGUUGGUAACCAAGGCCCGGGUCGUCUGCCCUUCGACUCCGUCAUUACUAUUCAGUUGCCAUGGAGAGCAGCCAACGGUGAUUGGUUGAUUUUCAUCCGCGGUGUCCAAUUGAAUGGGGAAGGUUCGUGUGAUGGCAACAGUAUCUUGGAAAACCAAAAGACUCGAAUGACAGACCACUACGUCACUCAGUCUGGCACCCUGACGUACUCGCCUAAAGAGAUGCCGGCCGGCGGGGAUGGGUCAGGCAGCCCAGAAAUCGGAUGUAAUAAUGCCAAGUGCGUGACUAUCACGUGUGUGAUCAAGGCGCCAUUAACCGGAGGGCAAGGAGCCGUCGUCAGCGUGAAUGCCGUGCUGUGGCAACGCACUCUAAUUGAUAGUUCGUUUGGAAGCGUCGACCUUAUUUCAACAGCAACAGUUGCGCUGCAGGAUACCAACCAACCGCACACGCAACCGGAUGGAGGAAUGCCGGAUACCAUUCAGUUGAAGACGAUGGUCUUCACGGAGGAAGUGCCCCAGAAGCCGGUGGAGCCCUGGAUCAUCGCGGUCAGCACCCUGGGAGGAAUACUGGGACUGAUCAUCUUGAUUCUCGCCUUGUGGAAGCUCGGAUUCUUCAAAAGACGUGAAAAGGACAAACUGGAACAGGCCAUGGAGAACGGACUCUGAUCAGUCGACCUUUGAUCCCAGAUGACCUUUGACCCCAAUCGUAGGUUAACGUGUGCGUGUUGUCUGCGUUUGGUUGGUUUUUGCUCUUUUUAAUAAGCCUGUUAAGUGGGGCGAUAUGGUCUAAUGGUUACGGUGUUGACUCGUGCUGUGUGGUACGUGGGUUCGAACCCUGACGUGCGUGUGUCCUUGGGCAAGACACUUUACUACAAUUGCCUCUCUCUAUACCCAGGAGUAUAAAUUGGUACCUGUGAUGGUAGAGACCUAGUUGCGCUGAUCUCGAGCUGCUGCAAAACAAAUGGUAUCAUUCCUGAUGAACAGGGAUAAUUAUAAUUGUAAGGCAUUUUGAAACCUUAGGUAUAUAAUUACAAGAAAUUGAUUAAACGUAAUCAGUACGCAUGCGUUGUAAAAUACAAAAUUGCUAACACUGAGCCAGUACAGUUGUAAAAAUCUGCUGCUGUGUAUAAGCCGUAUAGUUUUUUUUUAAGUGUCUUUCUAGUAAAUUUAAAAAUAAGGUUUUACAAUGUUUCAUAUGUGUGAAAUCUAAUGAUCAAUAUUGAAUCAUUAAAAUAGUUUUGCAUGGGUUUGGUUAUGGUUAUAUUUUUGCAUCGCUUAGCCAUAGUACUGGUAUAUAUAAAGGUAUGUAUAUACCUAGAGUAUAGCUAUCUACUUUUGUUAUUUUGUAUGUACAUGUACUAAUGUUGCCACAAUAUUUAUAUGUUAUGAUUAUGCACAUUAAUGAUUUAUAUGUAAGUGAUUAUUAAAUCAAAAGCUGAACUGGUAACUGGGAGCAUUUCCUAAAAUUUAAUGAAAUUUAUUUUUGAGAUAACUUGCUAAUUUCAACAGACAAAUUCUGUAUGUACAUAAGGCAUUUUGUAUAAGUGUUUAUUAUAAGAUGGUUAAGAUGUUUAAAAGCAUGGGGUGAAAUCAACCAAUUUCCCCUAUGACAACUCUGCUUUCUAAGGCUUGAUAACAAUUUCUUAAGGACUGUACAUUUGCUUCAUUUGAAUCUUUUUUUUUCUAAAAAUUGUAGCAUUGAUUUAAUGUGAAGCCUUCUUAAGUCUUGCAAAAUAAUGAAGGUAGAUUUUCAGUGUUGGCCAAAGCUAGAAGUGAUGUUCCGUGUGUAAAUAUUUUAUAAUCAUGUGGAGCAAAGCAAAAAAAUACUGUUUUGUAAUUUAUAUUAAUGCAAGCCAAUAUAAGCAGAAUUAACAAAAUAAUGUAUUGACCUGACCUUUGACCUCAACCGCUCUUAAUUCGGUUUGCAGUAUACGAUACACAAUCCAAGCAGUAAAAUUGAUAGCUUUUGGGUUUAUUAAAGGAAGACUACGGACAGCAUAUUAUGUUAUUUUGUGCAAUGUCUAUAUGCCAUGCAUAAGGAAUAUUUAGUCAGAACUCUCCUUUGAACUAAUACUUUUUAUAUGACAUAAUGGACAAAGUCACAUAAAGAACUAUGCAUGUUUAAAUUCAUGUGUGCUGACGGGAUUAGUUUCUUUUCUUAAAUCACCAUCCGACGCAUCCGUAAAUGUUCUCGGCGCCGGCGAGAUGCAGCUCUUAACGACAAUUACGCAGGAAAUGACAUGUCAAUUUCCAUCGAAAUUGGAACAUUAAAUAAUGUCGUUAUUGUUCCCAGUUCAUGUGUUCAAUGUGAUCGCAAUUGGCUGGCGCCCCGCCAGGCGGUAACGCCGACACACUCAUAGUUUCCGUCAUUAAGUUAGGUGUCGAGGCGACACAUUAAGUAGCAAAUGAAGCUCGCUGUGACAGAAGCCGAAAAUGAUAUGUUGUUUUUCUUAUUAAUAAUUCAAAUGAGCUGCUCUAUGCUGUAGCUAUUACGUGUUCGUGUCCGGAGUGUCAAUCGAGCAUUCUGUGGCAGUCUUCAGUUUAACAUCUGCGCUUGUAUUAUGAAAACGUUAGAAUUGAAGCUGGAGGUAAGCCAGUUAAUACCAGAUCACUGUGCCUCAUGCAAACAUAUUGGCUUAAUUGGACAUUAACAAUUUCUGAAUCGAACUUUAUUAUUACAUGUCAUUAUGCAAUGACAUUAUGAGGAGUCAUUAAUGUAUUUGUGGUAUAUGUUGCAGUUGCUGGUGAUUAAUAAGUAAGAUAGUUAAUACGUAACUAUCUCGUUUGGGUCUUGCAUUUUAAUUUUUUUUGGGAUACUGUUGUGUGUUAUGUUCGUCUUAAAAGGUUAACAGCGUAAGACGAGUAUAAUAAAGUGUCAAAUACGGCUUGCAUGGUGCUGUGUGACUGCACAUAAUAAAUAAAAGUAA